CUUCAUUGCUAGGUAUUGUUAUACAUAUUUAAUUUUUUCAAAAACUAACAAGUUAACAAUUUACAAUGGAAAUUCUGCAAGCAGACCAAGUGAAUCCUUUUGGUGCGCCCAUUGUCAAUCAACCAGCAAUGGCAACUAAUUAUGAGUCAGUCAGCGAUGCAGAAAGCCAAGUCAAGAACAUGUCCUUUGACAAUCAAAGCGUGCGCCUGGGCUUCAUACGCAAGGUCUACAUGAUAUUACUAACUCAGUUGCUAUUCACCUUUGCAGUUAUAUCGCUCUUUCUAAGCUGCAAUCAUCUCAAGCGCUAUGUGCAGCUCAAUCAGUGGCUACUCUGGCUAGCCAUGGGCAUUAUGCUUAUAACGCUCAUAGCUCUGAUGUGCUGCCAGGCUGCACGACGUCGCACGCCCACCAACUAUAUAUGCCUGGGCGCGUUUACUGCAGCGCAGUCGUUUAUGUUGGCCAUUGCUGCAAGUCACUUCGAUCUGAACUCUGUGCUUAUGGCUGUGGGUCUGACAGCUGCCAUUUGCCUGGGCCUGACAAUCUUUGCACUGCAGACCAAGUACGACUUCACCAUGCUGGGUGGCGUGCUGGUGUCCUGCAUGAUUGCAUUGCUGCUGUUUGGCUUGGCGGGCAUCUUUAUAGGCGGCAAUCUGGUGGGACUGAUGCUUUCCAGCUUUAGCGCUGUGCUCUUCUCAGUUUAUUUGAUCUACGACACGCAGCUAAUGCUGGGCGGGCAGCAUCAGUAUGCCAUAAGUCCAGAGGAAUAUAUCUUUGCUGCUUUGAAUCUAUAUAUGGACAUUGCCAAUAUAUUUAUGGACAUAUUGCGCAUACUGGCCGACUUGCAGGAGUAAUAGCUUAAUUUGUACAUUUCAAUAGACGAUUAAACACACACACACACACACACUCACACACAGCAUGCGCAGUCAAAUGUGUCGAUUUAGUUAUUAGUUAAGCGCAAUAAAAAUGUCAACGCAAUCACAAUAUUAACAUAAUGC